CAAGAAUCCAAACUCCCCACAAAGACCUGGAUACUCCCAGUGAUUUUUGAAGCUUCAUUCUGGCUUAUUACUUCUGGUCGCGGUCUUCCCGCGAGGUUCCUGAAAAGGCCUCAGCCGAAAUCAUGGCGCAAUCAGCUCCCUCUCAUCCGCCACUUACACCACAGUUCUGCUUCAACACACGCGCAUUGAAAGGUCAGCCAAUUGAUGCUCCUUAUCAAUUUACUAUAUGAAACAAGAUCCAUACUUACAAUGGCAAGCAGAUUUCCUACGGAUAUCUCGUAGCUCCGUCGACGACAGCAUAAUCCAGAAUUUAAAUGCUUUAUCCAAGCCAGUAGCAUUCAAUCCUUCUACCGCCUCGCAGCGAAGCCUCCCUUCUACAAACCGUCGAAGAAUAUCGCCGGAGACGUGUAGGACUUUCAAAGAAUCAGUCCUAUUUCCUUCAUGGCAAACUCGUUCAGAUGUUUUGACUUAUUGCGCAUCGGUGGCGACGAGUCCAGAUCCCGAUGACCCGGAGGCUGCAAUACAACAAUUGGAAGCUGAGAAGGCUGGGCAAAGGAUCAUAGACGAGAGACUGGAUCCGUACUCGGCACGGUAUUUUCCCAGGGAGUCGAGGACAGAAACGUUGGCUGCUGUGAUUAGGCAGGAGAGAGGGGUGGAAAGGAUUGUCAGAGCAAGAAGCUGGGGGUUGGUCCUUGAGAGGUGCGGGGAUGAUUGGAGGGAGUGGGAAGAUGCUCUGGGUCAGUGGAAAAAGAGCGCGGAGAAAAGACAGUAACAAUUGCCUGGAGAGAUGUUUCGGAAGGAAAUUUGAGUCUCGAAUUAGGAACUCCAAGUACAGCGCACUGUUUAGAUUUGAGCGGUUCGUGUUAGGUUAGCAGGUACCGGACGAC